UAUAACUAUGCCAGAUAUCAGGUAGGCCGCUCUUGCAAUGUCCCCGCUGCCCUUAAACAAACCCACAAGCACACGAGGUGCUGAACGAGAUGUGUCAGGUCCCCCCAGUUUCUCCGUCUCCCCGGGGAGAUCCGGAUGAUGGUUUACAAAGCCCUGUUCGUGCUGGACAAACCAAUUGAAAUCAGGCGAUGUGCAGCUAGGGUCUGGUGCGCUGUGUAUCGCCAGUGGUGGCCAGUUGACUUUGAAGACCCCCGCAAGACAAUUCUGCAGCAUCAGAGCCAUCGCGACUGCCAGGCCAAAAUAGUCACCCUCCUGUCAACAGAUCUGUGCACUACAUCAGAUGCACAGCUUCAUGCCGCCCAUUUCCCAUGUGUCAAACUAUUGGACAGAGCCGGGUCUCGUUUGGAUCUGUCUGUGCUCCGGGCGUGCAGACAAACCUACACUGAAGCGAGACAUAUCCCUUAUACAGACAACGUUUUUGUUUCACAUGACCUGAGCUCUUUUUCCAACUUUUUGUACUGUUUGAAGAUCUGGCAAGUCCGGUCUAUCCGACAUCUUAAUUUUCAAAUCCUCGAGGCUCGUGGCAUGACAAAGUUUUUGGCCGAGUGGAAUGACCUCUUUUCGCUUCUUGCCACGGUAUGUGACUGCUUGCGGACUCUCUCGGUCCAGGUGCAGCUGUUUGACCCACCGUAUGCCUGUUGGAGUUCAUUCUGGGAUGCAGGACUGCUUGAACUAGACCGCUUGGAUCUGAAAGGAUUGUCAUUUGUCAUUCUGGACCGUGACGGAAAACUUUAUUUCGCUUAUACCGCAGGGAAUUUUGCACCAGCUAAAAUAUCGCUUUUGGGACGCGCCAAGUCUGUGUUGGACGUCGACUUAUUUGAAACUGUAGGGACAUUAAAACCAGCAAAGGGAAUAAUACAUAGCGAUUUAGUCUCUUUUCGUGCUUGCCGAAAUCGUUUUCGUGAGGCCCACGCAUACGAUGUAAAUAAUAAUGCCGAUGGCAGCAUUUUCUUCCGAUUCUCACCAAAUCCCUGCCCACUAUAUGUUCGCAACCUCAUUCAUCUUAUACCUCGAAGAAAUCGAUCUCAUGUCGACAUUCGACGGGAAGACCGGCUUGAGCGUGAAUACUCUACCUAUCAAUAUGCCUAUCAAGCUAAUGAGCAAGGCACGGAUAAAGUUGAUCGCAUCAUCGGGUAUCAGUUCGGAGGCGGUGGCUAUACCCCGGACAAUGAUGAAGUUGCUAGAAAUGUGGAAAGGGUACGCUUGGCUCGUAAUCGUUUAGCAGAAAGAAUGAAAUGGAGUGGCAGCGCCACUACUACUACUCGGGCAUCUAUACGCCAAAAAAAUUAUGAAACUCCAACCUAUUCUAGCCCCAUUGAAGCAAUUGCCGGGAAAAAUACGCUUAUAGAUAAUUCUCCGCUUGGUAGCUGGCGUCGCCGUCUCAACGAAGAAGUAUUUGCGCCGUUCUUUGAAUGCUUUCCACCGGAAAGAGUGACUGACAAAACUAAGCGCGGCCAAGCGUGGCAAUGUCAUGAGUGUGCGAUAUCAGCUACUGAUAUUCAAUGUUUUCUUUCUCAAUGAGCUCCCUGAACUUGUAGUUACUCUUACAAGCAAUCGAUAGUUGUACUCGUGGUUUCAA